UCCAAGAUGUCGGCGUUCGCAGCCAGCCGGGUAUGAACCCCCCUCUCCAAUCCGUAUUUCCAUUUGUUGGGGGCAGUGUCGGGUGUUUUCAGAGUAACCGUCAGUGUUGUGCACCACUCAGCAGAUGCUCCGAACCAUUGCAGGCCACGGAUGGAGAGCACGUUCUAGUAAACCUGCUCAAAACAUACACAUAAGCAAACCUGGAGCUGGCUUUAGCUUUGAACUUACUGAGGAACAGAAAGAGUUCCAAGCUACUGCUCGUAAAUUUGCUUUGGAAGAAAUUAUUCCUGUUGCUGCACAAUAUGACAAAACUGGAGAGUAUCCUCUUCCGCUCAUAAAACGGGCCUGGGAACUCGGUCUUAUAAAUUCACACAUACCAGAAAGCUGUGGUGGCCUUGGCCUCGGCAGUUUUGAAGCCUGCCUUAUUACAGAAGAGUUAGCCUAUGGAUGUACGGGCGUCCAAACGGCCAUCGAGGCGAACUCCCUCGGGCAAAUGCCAGUAAUCAUCGCGGGAAAUGAGCAGCAGCAGAAGAAAUACUUAGGAAGAAUGACAGAGGAACCAAUGAUGUGUGCUUACUGUGUAACAGAGCCCGGAGCAGGCUCUGACGUGGCUGGGAUAAAAACAAAGGCUGAGAAGAAAGGAGAUGAAUAUGUUAUUAAUGGCCAGAAGAUGUGGAUCACAAAUGGUGGGAAAGCAAACUGGUAUUUUUUGCUAGCUCGUACCGAUCCAGACCCAAAAGCUCCUGCAAGCAAAGCCUUUACUGGAUUCAUUGUGGAAGCAAAUACCCCUGGAAUCCAAAUUGGAAGAAAGGAAAUGAACAUGGGUCAGCGCUGCUCUGAUACAAGGGGUAUUGUCUUUGAAGACGUAAGAGUGCCAAAAGAAAACGUGUUAAUAGCUGAAGGAGCUGGCUUCAAGAUCGCAAUGGGAGCUUUUGAUAAGACCAGACCACCCGUAGCAGCUGGUGCUGUUGGGUUGGCAAAAAGAGCGCUCGAUGAAGCUACUAAAUAUGCUUUGGAGAGAAAAACCUUUGGGAAACCAAUUGUUGAACACCAAGCGGUGUCUUUCAUGCUUGCCGAAAUGGCCAUGAAGGUGGAGCUGGCUCGCAUGGCUUACCAGCGAGCUGCCUGGGAGGUGGACGCUGGUCGCAGGAACACCUACUACGCCUCCAUUGCAAAGGCCUUCGCUGGCGACGUCGCCAACCAAGUGGCUACAGACGCAGUGCAGAUUUUCGGAGGGAAUGGAUUUAAUACCGAAUAUCCUGUAGAAAAACUAAUGAGAGAUGCUAAAAUCUACCAGAUUUAUGAGGGAACCGCUCAGAUCCAAAGGAUGAUCAUUGCUCGUGAACACGUUGGCAAAUACAAGGCUUAAAGACGUGUUUCAAGCACGGCUGGCGCCGCUGUAGUCCUGUGUUCUCAUGGAAGAAGAUUUUUGUGCAGUCCAAUUAGAAAGGCCUGGAAAAAUGCCUUUUCCUUUGAAAUCCUUCUGUUGCAUACACAAUUAAGCACCACUUCUGUACUCCCCGCCCCUUCCCUCACUUCAUGCCUCCUGACCAGCAAACUCGGUGUUUUCUAAACAUUUCUGAAUUCCAAAGUGAUUGGUGGUCGUCUUUCCCCACUCACUCUCUUUCACUCAGACCUUUGGCUUUUGGUGGGAGAAGAGGUAAACACCUCCCCUGGAAAAUUUAUACGAUCAAAAAAGUGCACAAAAGUCAGAUUUUUUUUAAUCUCUCUUUUUUUGGUCUGUGAAGGAAUUGGAUUUUAGGUGUUUCUGUAUUGUUUAUAAUGAUACAGUUUUGCUCCCCCUCCUUUAGCACUGGAGUUUGGGUGGAUUUCAAAUUAAUAAAUCUCAGGCAAAUCUAAAAAAACAGUUCUGCUUCGUCGGGAAUGCCGUCCUGCAGCACGCGGUCUCUACGUCACCACUUGCUAAAAUAAAUAUGCUGACAGUGGGGGUUUGUGGCCUUUAGCAACUUGCAUCUUUUAAAAAAGUUGGAAGUGACUAUAUACUGACUUAUGGACCUUUCAGAAACGUACAGUCUCAUAAAUUACAACACAGAUUGGUGUUAUUUUUCUCAAACAGUGGCAUUAUGACUACUUGCAGAUUAUCUGUAUUUUUACCUGCGUCCAGAAACUAGUUUUUGUUUUCAAAACAUACAGUAUAAUAGGGCUGCUUUUCUGUGACUCAGCCAUCUCAGUCCUCUGAGUCCAGCAGGCAGAAAUUGUCCUUUAACGCGUUUAUCUCUGUGCCUCCGAGAAAGCUGUAACAUUUAUGAAGAAAACAUCUGUUUGCUUGUGCCUUAAGCAAGAUUUCUUCUUUGUGGAUGAACGUUAAGGACAGCUCUUGAGAAAUUCAGGUACGUGUUUUUAUCACCAUAGGAAAAAAGAAGUAUGAUCAUUCAGUUUUAAGCGUGUUUUCAUUUUAACUGGUCCCAUGUGGGAGAACCUGUAGGAAACUGCCUUAUGUUCAGUUAUAACGGCGCUGUUCUAAGCUCGGGUAUUACCCCAGAUACAAUAAGCGGCAAGAAAUGAGAACCUCGCAACGCAGUGCUUUUCCACUGUAAAAUUAAGAUGAUCAAAAUGUUGUUUCCGACAGACGUCGCUGCAUUCUAAUAAAAAAAAAAAUCCAAACAAACAAUUUUUAAGCAGA